AUUAUUGUUCACUGUCAAAAAUCUGUCGCAUUUUAAAGAAAAAUUUACACAUUUUCCAGUUAAAUUAGCGAUGGCAGAUGCAGAGUUGACGAGUGCUUUAAAAGACCUUAAUUUAAAAAUCCAAACAUCUAGUUUAAAAGAGCGAAAACAGGUUAUAGAUAAAGUUAUAAAUGUUUUGACAAAUCCCGGUAUGACUGAGUCUAUAAUCAAGGGAAUAUGUAGAGUAAUUCCUCUAACAUUACAUCGAUAUAGAGAUGGUAAAUCACAAUAUUUUGUAAGACUGCUGAUUUGUGCUUUAAUCAAGAAAUAUCCCGAAGUGACUACUAAAUGCUUAAUUGCAAUAUUUACGGAUUUAGCUUCCCAAUUUAAAAAUGUGAUUGUAACAGACAAUGUAAGUCAGAGUUCUCUGUAUGCUUUUGAGUGGACCACUUUACUACUGUUAAAUGCCUGGAAAACGGAAGAAUCAACUAUUAAACAGAGCAUAAGUCAGAUAGUUGAAGCACAGGCUAUUUUCUUAACUUCGGUAAUAGCCUGUGGGAAGAAAAAGAAAGCAGAUAAAGCAUUUUCAUUGAUCAACUCUGUUUGGACAACCCUUGAAAAUAGUGAUGUACUAUAUCUAAACACUUUAAAAUCACUAGAACAAACUCAAUAUGUUGUAGUGUUUGAAGCAAUCUUAACCAAAAGGUUUUCUUUGAAGAAUGACUCUAGUAUUAAAGAUCAUUUAGAUCUUUUCUUAGAAAGUUUUGUUAAAAACUUUAUAACAUGCAAAAUAGCUCCUCUAUCUACAGUUGUAGAAGCUUGUUAUCCUUUACUAGCUCAGGUAUUAUUAGAUCAGUUCAAAAAAUGCGUAUUACCAGCUCUACAGAAAGCAAUGUUAAGAAAUCCAGAAGUAAUACUAGAAACUGUUGGAUUAGUAGUAAGGGGAGUUGAUAUAGAUUUGAGUUCAUGUGCAAUGGACAUUGGCAGUAGCUUAAUAACUAAUUUACAUUCGAAAGAUGAAAACGCAAGGAAAGAUUCAGCACAGAGUUUAAAAUAUUUAGCAGAGAAAAUUAGCGAUCCUAAAUCAAUAGAAGAACUUCUUAAAAAAACUUUUGCAGUUUACCAUGGAUCAGAUGGGAAACUAACAGUCGCAGAACAUAAAACUGGUGUUUUACAGGGCGCUGGUAAUCUAAGUUACAACAAUGUAACUCCAGAAAAUCUUAUAGAUUUAAUAUCAAAAGCCUCAGUACAUUUUAUUAAAGUUCUUGAGACAGAGGUUCAUGAAAAAACUUUAUGUUUUGCGUUGGAUAUGUUGGCUUUGUGGACAAUUAAACUAACCAACGAAGUUCCCAAAGCUUUAUUGGACGGUUUUAAGAAUGGAAUGGGUUUGAAAUCAUCAACUCCUUUAGUCAAAAUAUCUUAUAUCCAGUGCAUGCUAAGUACUUUUUCGUCAAACAGCAUAUCACAAGUGGUUCUGCUCACAUCAAUUCUGACAAAAUCAGUAGAAAAAGCCGUGUCACAACCUACACAGCCUUUGUCGGUAAAUGAGGGUCUCUGUGCGGCAUUAUUACUCAUAAAACUCAAUGGUUCAAAAUUGGAGAAAGAAAACGGACUUUCCAACGUAUGGAACGCGGUAUUGGAUAUGGACAAGCAGAUUUUUGUUUCUGAAAAGUUUUUACAGGCAGCCAACGAAAAUUGUCUUCCCUAUGUGGCACAAUUGUGCGAGACACUUCUGAUAGAGUUUCCAGACAAAAUAGGCAACAAAACUGAUCCAAUUUUAAAAGCUUUAUUAUAUUGUAGCUUAUAUCCUUCAACUACUAUACGCCAAAAGUGUUUAAAGGUUGUAAAAAAAGUCGUAGACAGUUUAGGAGGUACUAAAGUUGCUAUAGCUUUGCUAGAAACACUUAAGCAACAACUAGAAUCGGAAAAAAUAAUUUUCGUUAAGGAGGGUACAGAAAAUGUUAUAGCAACCACUCCAAGUAACGUUGUGGAAUGUAUAACAACUCUGUGCCCUACUGUAUGCCAAACUAACGAAGACAGUCAGCAAAUAUCCAUUGCUGCAUUGUUACCUUUGCAUUAUCCAUUACUGAUUAGUCCGGCACCGAAAUUAUGGAUAAAAAUAGUGAAACAUUUGAAAUUGAACCCUAAAAACCUCGUUGCGCAGUGCGCAAGUCAGUUAAGGGAUGUAUUAAUAGUACAAUAUAAACCUUCCCAGACCUACGAAAACGCUUUAGCUACAGUCUUAUCUCUUAACCCCGACGUUGUUCUACCUAGUGUCCUGACUAAAUUGAAAAAAUACCUAGAAGAUCCGAGAAUAUGUCAAAUCUCUAAAGACGAUUACUUCACGUUUUUGACACCAGAGGGCGAAUUAUAUGACAAAAGUGUGAUUCCUGGUGAAGAAAACAGUGCUGAGAUGAAUUUAAAACGGGAGAGUAAAGCAUACAGUUACAAGGAACAAUUGGAGGAGCUUCAGUUGAGAAGGGAGUUGGAAGAAAAGAAGAAAAAAGAAGGUAAAAUUAAACCUCCCAGUUACACAGCCAAGCAGCUGGAAGCUAUAAAGAACCAAAGAGUUAAAGAGGAAGGGAUUAGAAAACGACUUAAUGAGUUGAACGAAUUUAUAGUUAAGAGUGUUUCGAUGAUCAACGCAGCUGCCAAGGGAUGUCCCCUACAUUUAUCUCUGCAUUACAAAGACCUCUUACCAUUAUUGCUUCAAGAUUUACAGUCACCCCUGGCAUCUCCAUACCUAACCAAACUUUUCACCGAUUUACGAACGACAGUGUUUGACAGAGACCUGUAUUUCUUGGGAGAAAUAAUUUCCAUUAUUACACUAAGACUAUCCAGACCUCAGUGUGACUUGGAUUCAAACUGGGAAGCGGAGGACUUGAACGAGGCUAUGGUCAGGGUCGUGACGUUAAUACACAGCAGGACUGUGUCCUCUGACAUACCGAAUGCCAGAUUUAGUGCGCCGGCGUUUAGUUAUACGUUUCCGUUUUUGAAGUACAGUCUGACGUCUUUUUAUGCAAAGAAUAAUGAAGAAUUCGUUCAUGAUGGACUGCAGAUUAUCUCUGAACACGCUAAAUUGAGAGGGAACGAUGAUAGUAGCGAAGUGGAUGUGUUUCAUCCUCAGUAUUUGCCAACCAGGCAGAUGUUUGCUUUGUUGGUCGACAUUAUUUGCAAUAGUAGUGGUAGAGUUCAGGCCCAAUCCGAAGCUUGUUUACUUGAGGUAGCAAGAGCUUUAAGUGGUGAAGCCGGUUGUGUAAUAGCUAGUUUAGAUGAAAUCGAUGUUUUGUUAACAGCACUACAAAAUCCUACGUCAGUAGUGAGAGAUGCGGCCUUGAGGGCGCUCAUAAUAAUGGUCUCUUGCCUUCCAAACUUUGAUUCAGACUAUGAAUACACUUUGAAGCUCAAUAAACGGAUUUGGAUAGCGAAAUUUGAUGAAACCGAAGAAAAUAGGGACCUAGCUGCGAAACUUUGGAGUACUGCUGGAAUGACAUACCCAGCGACACUCAGUACUCAACUUAUGGCUGACAUUGAACACCCUGUAGAGUGCGUACAGGCAGCUGCAGCUCAAGCUUUAGCUGCGUUGCUGAAGGAAGAUCUGGCUCAAGUAGAACCAACUUUAAAAUCAUUGUUGAAGCUAUACUCUGACAGAUUAAAGAUGAUUCCAGCAAAGUUAGAUGAGUUUGGAAGAGAAAUCGAGAAAGCUAUCGACACGUGGUUUCCUAGGAGAGGCGUAGCUCUAGCUAUAGCUCAGUUAGCUCCCUUGAUAACUCCCGAGCUAGUAGGGGAUCUCAUGAAGUUUUUCGUAUUCACAUCGCUCAGCGAUAGAAACGAAAUCGUCAGAAAAGAAAUGCUGAACGCUGCUUUGAAGAUUGUAGAUCUUCAUGGAAAGGAGACGGUGGGCAUUCUUUGGCCUGUUUUCGAUAACUUUAUGGGCAAAUCCUCAAAAUCCGCCCACUUUGAUGCUGUCAAACAAGCUGUAGUAGUUCUAAUGGGUACCCUAGCCAGACAUUUGGAUAAAGAAGAUCAAAGAAUCAAGCCAAUCGUUACACGUCUGAUUCAAGCUUUAUCUACACCUUCACAAACUGUCCAAGAAGCGGUUGCUAAUUGUCUACCACCUUUAGUGCAAUCAGUCAAAGAAGAAGCUCCAGGAUAUGUCAACAAGUUGCUGCAUCAACUGUUGAAAGGUGAUAAGUACGGUGAACGUAAAGGUGCAGCUUAUGGGUUGGCUGGAAUGGUGAAAGGAAUGGGUAUAUUGGCUUUGAAGCAACAUGAGAUCAUGUCCAAACUCACUGACGCUGUUCAGGACAAGAAAAACUACAAACACAGAGAAGGUGCCCUGUUUGCUUUCGAAAUGCUCUUUCAAAUGUUGGGCAAGCUUUUUGAGCCUUACAUCGUCCACGUGCUACCUCAUUUACUACAAUGUUUCGGAGAUACUAGCCAGUACGUCCGUACUGCUGCCGACGACACUGCUAAAGUAGUUAUGAGUAAAUUAUCGGGUCACGGCGUUAAACUGGUUCUUCCAUCGUUGCUAGACGCUUUGGAGGAGGAUUCUUGGAGGACCAAGACAGGUUCGGUUGAACUGCUGGGAGCUAUGGCUUAUUGUGCUCCAAAACAACUUUCAUCGUGCCUUCCAAGCAUUGUGCCCAAGUUAAUUGAGGUUCUGAGUGAUUCCCACAUGAAAGUUCAGGAAGCUGGAGCGGAUGCACUGAAAGUUAUCGGAUCUGUCAUUAGAAAUCCAGAAAUUCAAGCAAUUGUACCUACAUUAUUGAAAGCCCUUCAAGACCCAUCAAACAAGACCUCGGUCUGCCUUCAAACUCUUCUAGACACCCAGUUCGUCCAUUUCAUAGACGCACCAUCCCUGGCUCUGAUCAUGCCGGUAGUUCAAAGAGCUUUCAUGGACCGUAGCACGGAAACACGUAAAAUGGCCGCCCAGAUCAUCGGAAACAUGUACUCGCUGACAGAUCAGAAAGAUCUGUUCCCUUAUUUGCCCACGAUCAUCCCCGGACUUAAGACUUCGCUAUUGGAUCCUGUACCGGAAGUGAGAUCUGUCAGUGCUAGAGCCUUGGGAGCAAUGGUUAAGGGAAUGGGUGAGUCCAGCUUUGAAGAUCUGUUACCUUGGCUGAUGACGACUUUGACAUCGGAAACUAGCUCUGUGGACAGGUCUGGGGCCGCUCAAGGGUUGUCAGAAGUUGUAGGCGGUUUAGGCGUUGAAAAAUUGCACAAACUCAUGCCAGAAAUCAUCAGCACUGCCGAGCGCACCGAUAUAGCUCCUCACGUCAAAGACGGCUACAUAAUGAUGUUUAUUUACAUGCCUGUGGUAUUUACCGAAGAAUUCACUCCAUACAUCGGCCAAAUAAUCAAUCCUAUUCUGAAAGCAUUGGCUGAUGAAAACGAAUAUGUCAGAGAGACCGCCUUGAAGGCUGGUCAACGAAUAGUCAAUCUCUAUGCUGAUUCUGCCAUUUUGCUUUUGCUGCCAGAGUUAGAAAGGGGAUUGUUUGAUGAAAAUUGGAGAAUUAGAUACAGCUCUGUACAACUGUUGGGUGAUCUAUUGUAUCGUAUCUCCGGCGUUACUGGUAAAAUGAGUACAGAAACAGCUAGCGAAGACGACAAUUUUGGUACCGAACAAUCUCACAUGGCUAUUAUAAGAUCUUUAGGUUCUGAAAGAAGAAAUAGAGUGUUGGCAGGGUUGUACAUGGGUAGAUCUGACGUAGCUCUAAUGGUACGUCAAUCUGCCCUUCAUGUCUGGAAGGUGGUAGUGACAAAUACACCGAGAACACUUAGAGAAAUUUUACCAACUUUGUUUAGUCUGUUACUUGGAUGCUUGGCCAGCGAAAGUUACGAUAAAAGGCAAGUAGCCGCGAGAACACUAGGAGAUUUAGUAAGAAAAUUAGGAGAAAGAGUACUGCCAGAAAUAAUACCAAUUCUUGAAAAAGGAUUGCAGUCUGAUCAGCCAGAUCAAAGGCAAGGAGUUUGUAUAGGACUAUCAGAAAUAAUGGCCUCUACUUCAAGAGAUAUGGUGCUUACUUUCGUUAAUUCUUUGGUGCCAACUGUGAGAAAAGCCCUCUGUGAUCCUUUACCGGAAGUUAGACAAGCCGCGGCUAAAACUUUUGACAGUUUACAUUCAACUGUCGGUUCGAGAGCUCUAGAUGACAUUUUGCCUACUUUACUCAACCAAUUGAACGAUGACAACCCUGAGGUGGUUGAAUGCACUCUGGACGGUCUACGUCAAGUUAUGGCCAUCAAAUCCAGGGUCGUGCUGCCUUACUUAGUACCUCAGCUCACAGCGCCACCAGCCAACACCAAAGCUCUUUCAAUCCUAGCUUCCGUAGCUGGAGAAGCUUUGAAUAAGUACCUUCCUAAGAUACUCCCAGCACUGCAAACUGCUCUAGCUACAUCAAAAGGCACUCCAGAUGAAGUGUCACAGUUAGAGUACUGCCAGGCUGUUGUUUUAUCUGUGGUGGACGAUAUGGGUAUCAGAACUAUUAUCGAUACAAUGCUGGAGAAUACCAGGAACCAGAAUGCAGAUCAAAGGAGAGCGGCUGCAACGCUUUUGUGCGGGUUUUGUGCUAAUUCUAAAGCACAAUACACAGCUCACGUGCCUCAGUUGUUGAGAGGGUUGAUUCACUUGUGUACGGACAGUGAUAGGGAUGUUUUGCAGAUGUCUUGGGAAGCUUUAAAUGCCGUGACGAAGGUAAUGUAUUUGGGACAAAAUAAAACUCUAUCACUAUACAAAAAUAAAAAUUUACAGACUUUGGAGCCGAAACAACAAGCGACUUAUGUGUCAGACGUCAGGCAAGCUGUUAGAUUCGCGAUGUCUGACAUGAAGGGAACUUCAGAUGUGUUGCCAGGGUUCUGUUUGUCCAAAGGCAUAGCUCCUAUUUUGCCUAUUUUUAGGGAAGCUAUACUCGGUGGUGAUGGGGACGAAAAAGAAGCAGCUGCGCAAGGUUUGGGAGAGAUUAUCAAAGUGACAAGUGCCAGCGCUUUGCAGCCAAGCGUCGUUGCUAUCACUGGUCCUUUAAUCCGUAUUUUAGGAGAUAGGUUUAGUGCAAAUGUGAAAACUGCUGUGCUGGAAACGCUGGCUAUUUUGCUUGCAAAGGUCGGCCCAAUGUUGAGGCAAUUCUUGCCGCAGUUGCAAACAACCUUUGUUAAAGCUCUCAACGAUCCAAACAGAGUUGUGCGACUGAAAUCCGCAUCAGCAUUAAGUUAUCUCAUUGUCAUCCACCAAAGAGCUGAUCCACUCUUUACAGAGAUCCACAGUAUGAUCAAAAACAACGAGGACCCAAGCAUUAAAGAGACUACGCUCCAUGCCUUGAGGGGUAUUACAUCACCAGCGGGAGAUAAAAUGUCUGAACCAAUCAAAAAGCAGAUUUAUGCUACUUUAGUAAGUUACUUAGGACAACCUGAUGACACGAUCAGGAAAUGUGCUGCGGGAUGUUUAGGGGCCAUUUGCAAAUAUUUAUCUCCUGAACAAUUAGACGUAACUUUAACAGAAAAUAUUCUGAACGACGACAAUAGUUUGAACGUAACAUUAAGGGAAGGUCGGGGUUCUGCGCUGACUGUAGCGUUGAAAGAAGCUCCAGAAAGACUUUGGGAUGAUCAGUACAGGAGUAAACUGACUCAGACUAUUCUAAGUCAAAUACAGUCACCUACAAUUAGUAUUACUCAAAGCGCAAUUCGAUCUUGCGGGUAUUUGAUAGAAUACUUGCUGAAAAAUGAAGAACCCAUUCCAAGUAAUCUUUUAGUACCGUUUGUUAGGGCAAUGAACAAUGCAAGUAAUGACGUAAAACAACUAUUAGCAAGAGUUUGCUUCCAUUUAGCGAAGGUUGUACCUCAAGAAAAGAUGUCUCCCGAAUUCCUCAAACUUUUACUGCCAACCUUAGUGAACGGCACCAAAGAAAAGAAUAUCUACGUUAAGGCAAACUCCGAAAUUGCUCUCAUAGCCGUUUUAAAAUUAAAAGAAGGAGACACUGUAUUUCAAAAAUAUUCAGCGAUAUUGGAUGUAGGAGCUCGCGAGUCCCUUUCCGAUGUAGUGAGCAAAGUUUUAAAGAAAAUCCUCCACCAACCCGAGGGCAAAGAAGAGGAUAUUGACGAUACCCUAUUGACCUGAUCAUUGGAAUGUACGAGAGAUGAGACUAGGUCAUUGUAUCAGCAUUUUUUAUUAUUUGAAGAUUUAAGGGAAGAAAUACUGUUUGUUUUUAAGUGUAAUCAAGUCACUAAAUAUACUCUAUUAUUUA